CCGGGGCAAGUCUCCCCAAUGUAAGAUGGUGGCCGGGCUGGCAGCGGAGCGCCCCGAGCUCGGAGAUCGUCCGUCCCUCGCGUAAAGGUCGUCGGAGCAGCCGCCCGAGCGCCCGACCGGCCGCCGCCGCACGUCCCGCCCCAGGAGCGCCGCUGUGGGUUUCUCCCCUCCGCUUCUCUCUUUCCUCGCCGCCUCUCUCCUUCCCUCCCCACCCUUCUCCUUUUCCCCUCGCCUCCUUUCCCGCACGCUCACUCACUCACCCACCCGCCCGGCCGCCCCCGCCGCGCCGGGCAGCCUGAGAGGGAGAGCCGCGCACACGCACCGCGGGCCGGGCAGGCAAGAGGAAGGCGGACCUUCAAGUGCUGACCUGCUUGGUCUAUUAAGUUAUUAUAAACUUUUGCUGCUCUGCGAACAUAUAAAGAUGUCUCGCAGCCCUGACGCUAAGGAAGACCCUGUGGAAUGCCCUCUUUGCAUGGAGCCUCUGGAAAUUGAUGACAUCAAUUUCUUCCCUUGCACCUGUGGCUACCAAAUCUGUCGUUUCUGUUGGCAUCGUAUUCGCACUGAUGAGAAUGGACUUUGUCCUGCUUGCAGAAAGCCAUAUCCAGAAGAUCCAGCAGUGUACAAACCACUCUCCCAGGAAGAGCUGCAGAGGAUAAAAAAUGAAAAGAAACAGAAACAAAAUGAGAGGAAACAGAAGAUAUCAGAGAAUCGCAAACAUUUGGCCAGUGUACGGGUUGUACAGAAGAACCUUGUCUUCGUGGUAGGGCUAUCUCAACGCCUAGCAGAUCCAGAGGUUUUGAAACGACCAGAAUAUUUUGGGAAGUUUGGUAAAAUACAUAAAGUUGUCAUUAAUAACAGCACAUCAUAUGCAGGCUCACAGGGUCCAAGUGCCAGCGCAUAUGUAACCUACAUCCGGUCAGAAGAUGCCCUCAGAGCCAUACAGUGUGUCAAUAAUGUGGUGGUAGAUGGCAGAACACUUAAGGCAUCAUUAGGUACAACAAAAUACUGCAGUUAUUUUCUAAAAAAUAUGCAGUGUCCAAAACCAGACUGCAUGUAUCUACAUGAACUAGGUGAUGAAGCAGCCAGUUUCACAAAAGAAGAAAUGCAGGCGGGUAAGCACCAGGAAUACGAACAGAAACUACUGCAAGAAUUAUACAAACUAAACCCCAACUUUCUCCAAUUAUCUACGGGUACAGUUGACAAGAAUAAGAACAAAGUGACAGCACUGCAGAGACCCAACAGUAAUAACAAAGAUGCCUGGCCAUCAUUACAGAGUUCAAGUAAAUCAGCCAACGGUUUAACAAUGGAACACAGGAAAACGCCUCCUAUAUUAGAAAAUGGCACAGACCCAGAACACAUGACUCCAGAUGGUGCAGACUCAGAUUUCGGCCCUAUCGAUAAACCUUCAGAUUCCCUCAGUAUAGGAAAUGGUGACAGCUCUCAACAGAUAACAAACAGUGACACACCUUCACCACCACCUGGUUUAACAAAACCCAAUCCAGUUAUACCCAUCAGUUCAUCUAAUCACAGUGCACGGUCUCCUUUUGAAGGGGCUGUAACAGAAUCACAGUCACUCUUCUCUGACAACUUCCGACACCCCAACCCCAUCCCUAGUGGGCUUCCUCCAUUCCCCAGCUCUCCACAGACUUCAAGUGACUGGCCCACAGCACCAGAACCACAGAGCCUCUUCACAUCAGAAACUAUACCAGUAUCCUCCUCCACAGACUGGCAAGCAGCUUUUGGGUUUGGUUCCUCCAAACAGCAAGAGGACGACUUAGGGUUUGAUCCCUUUGACAUCACCCGCAAAGCCUUAGCAGACCUGAUUGAGAAGGAACUGUCAGUCCAAGACCAACCUUCCCUUUCGCCCACAUCUCUUCAGAACCCUACCCCACACACUACAACUGCCAAAGGGCCAGGUUCUGGAUUCCUGCAUCCUGCUGCACCCACAAAUGCCAACUCUCUCAGUAGCACCUUUCCAGUCAUGCCACAGAGGUUUCCACAGUUUCAACAGCAUCGAGCAGUUUACAACUCCUUCAGUUUUCCAGGCCAAGCAGCUCGCUAUCCUUGGAUGGCCUUCCCACGCAAUAGCAUCAUGCACUUGAACCACACAGCAAAUCCCACCUCAAAUAGUAAUUUCUUGGACUUGAAUCUCCCACCACAACACAGCACAGGUCUGGGAGGGAUCCCUAUAUCAGACAACAGCAGUUCUGUAGAGAGUUUAAAUAUGAAGGAAUGGCAGGACGGGCUAAGGGCACUUCUACCGAACAUUAACAUCAACUUUGGUGGACUGCCCAAUGCUUCUUCCCCCUCCAACGCCAACCACAGUGUACCAACGUCCAACACUGCCACCACCGACAGCCUGAAUUGGGACAGCCCUGGCAGCUGGAUGGACCCCGCAAUCAUCACAGGUAUCCCAGCCUCCACAGGAAACAGUUUAGACACCCUUCAAGAUGACAAUCCUCCACAUUGGCUAAAAUCUCUUCAGGCCCUCACAGAGGUGGACGGCCCCAGUGCAGCACCAUCACAGACGCACCACAGUAACCCCUUCGGCACACAGAUCCCUCUGCACAGAGCCAGUUGGAAUCCCUACUCUCCUCCUUCAAACCCCACCAGCUUCCAUUCCCCACCUCCAGGCUUUCAGACAGCCUUCAGACCCCCCAGUAAAACCCCCACAGAUCUACUACAGAGCUCAGCGCUGGAUCGUCAUUAGGAAAGGAG